AUGAACAGUUUGGAAGAUUUGGCAUUUAAAAAAAUUUCAGAAUGUAUCACUAAUGGGACCUAUGAUUCUUUGGACUAUCAAUUGAUCCCUUAUCACUGCGAUAAGGUCGUUUCGGAGAUUUUAAAAAGUGGAAAAGAAUGGAAAGAUGAGAUUUUUCGACAUUUGAUGGAUAGAAAUUUUAUGCUGAGCAAUCUGGAUUUUGAAGAUUUUGAAUUAGAUGAAACAGGUCUAAAAUUCCUUCGAAAUCAGAAAAUUUUGAGAUUUUUGGAUUUGGGAGCUUUGCAGAAUGGGGAGGAUGGAGAAAAUGAAACCUUCGACGUCAUCAGGUUCCUAGAAUCCUCGUUAAAUCCAGAAUGUCAAAAAAUUCUUCUGAAAUUGAAUAUCAAAGGGACCAAGCAAUUUUCCAAUGGAUGGAUUCAAAAUCUAUCCAGAAUGUUCCCAUUGCUUCUGGAACUUUCGAUUUCUGGAAGACAACUUUUUGGAAAUUCUGGAAGUUUAUUAUUCAAGAAUUUUCCAAAUUUGGUCCAUUUGGAUUUGGGUGGUACCAACCUUCAGAAUCUUGAUGGAAUUCAAGGAAUGAAGAAUUUGGAAUGGCUCUCUUUGAAAGAUUUGGAUUUUGAGAGAUCUGUAGAUUUAGAAGAAAUUUUUCAGCUUGAAAAUCUCAAAUUUCUAGAUUUAUCUGCAUCCAGUACUCCACAUGUCUCUUCUAUCACAUAUAAGUCGUUUAUGCUGCUCCAGAUGCUCCUCAAUACCUUCCAGCUCAACGAGGCUAUUCUGUUAUGCACCACAGAUUGGCAGAACGGGUGGCGGCUUUUUGAGAAGUACAUUGAUAAAAUCGAAACAAGCAUUCAGAAAUUGGGAAUUUCGUUUCUCGGAGUGAGCAGCACGAUUUUCCUCCUAACUCCUCGUGUGUUGGGAAAGCUGAUUGACGAAUGGGACGAGACGAAACAGGAUAAAAUGGAUCAGACUGAUAAAUCUUUGCUUUUGGCCAGAUAUUUUAAGGAGAACCCCGUGGCGUUGGUUGGAGUGCUCAUGUUGGGCGCUCUCGCGAUUGCUGCGCGAAUUUAUUGCAUGCAUACAGCAGGUCAACUAGUGAUCAACGACCUCCGCAAGACCGUAUUCAACUCGGUUCUACGUCAAGACAUGGCGUUUUUCGACAAGAAUAAAGUGGGAGAAAUCGUUUCUAGACUGUCCACAGACGCUCUGAUCGUUGGUUAUUCGGUUUCGAUGAAUUUGAGUGAUGGAGCUAGAGCACUGCUCACCUGUCUGGGUUCUGGAGGAUUGAUGGUGUACACAUCUCUUGCCAUGUGCAAAGUGAUCGUCGUGGUUGUGCCGGUGAUCGUCGGAACAUUUGCAGUCUUCGGAAAACUCCAAAGAAAAUACACGUUGAUGAUGCAGGAAGCAGUCGCCGGAGCGAAUCAAGUAGCCACAGAGAGACUGUCUUCUGUGAGAACUGUUCGAAUGUUGGUAGCUGAGAAGAAGGAAUUGGCUGCGUAUUCUGAUAAGAUUAACGAGAUUUGGUUGAUUUCCAAGAUGGAGGGACUGGCGAAGGGAUGCAUGUUUGGAUCGUUCCAAUUCACUGGAUAUCUCGCUCUAUCAUCGAUUCUGUUCUACGGAAGUAAUCUGAUCAGUCAGGGACUUUUGACAUACGGAGAGCUCUCAUCGUUCUGUCUCUACGCAGUUCUAUCAGCUGGAAGUCUGUCAGCAAUGUCUGGAUUCUAUUUGGAACUCAUGAAAGGUCUCGGAGCCAGUUCGCGGCUCUUCGAACUCAAAGAUCGAGAACCAAAGAUUCCAUUGGAGGGAGGAAUUCAAAAAGGAAACGUCCAGGAAGCGAUUCGAUUCGAGCAUGUCGCAUUCGGCUACGCAGAUCGAGACCCUCUUUUCCAUAAUAUCUCUUUUGAUGUUCCAGCUGGAAAAAUUACAGCAGUUGUUGGAAGUUCUGGAUCUGGAAAAUCAACGAUUGCUUCUCUUUUAUUGAGGCUUUAUGACCCAACGAAUGGAAGAAUUCUGGUUGAUGGCGUGGAUCUGAAAGAUUUGGAUCCAUCGUAUUGGAGGAGACAUAUUGGAACGGUGGGACAGGAACCUGUACUGUUUUCUACUACAAUCAGGGAUAAUAUCAUCUAUGGAAGUACGGAGCCGGAGAAGGUUUCUGAAGCUGAUAUCGUCUCAGCUGCUGAGCAAUCCAACGCGGAUGAGUUUAUCAUGAGAUUCCCUCAGAAAUACGAUACGAAGGUUGGAGAGCAUGGAUCGACGUUAAGUGGAGGACAGAAACAGAGAAUCGCCAUUGCAAGAGCUCUUGUUAAUAAGCCCAACAUUCUGAUUAUGGACGAGGCGACGUCGGCGUUGGAUGCCUCUUCAGAAUACCUUGUCAGAAUUGCGCUCAACAAAUUGCUGGCCAAUAGUAAACAGACUGUUAUGAUUAUUGCUCAUCGACUGUCCACAAUCAAACACGCUGAUCAAAUCGUGGUCGUCGAUAAGGGAAGCGUCGCCGAAUGUGGAAGUUAUGAGGAGCUAAUCCAGAUUCCAGAUGGCAUUUUCCGAAAAUUAGUCGAAAAACAAACGUUCGGAUUCAAGGAUCAGGACUCUUACUAA